AAGCUUUUUCUCCCAAUUUUUGUUUGUAAUGAAAUUUAUUCUUUGAAGAAGUACGGACGUUUGAAUUUCUUUUGGUUGUUAUCGACAGAUGAAAGAAAUCGUGAGAAACUAUUUUGUGGAAGCAAAAUGGUUCAUUGAAGGAUAUAUGCCGCCAGUCUCUGAGUAUCUUAGCAAUGCAUUAGCUACCAGCACUUAUUACUUGCUUACGACUACAUCUUAUUUGGGCAUGAAGUCUGCUAACAAGGAAGAUUUUGAAUGGUUGGCCAAGAAUCCUAAAAUUCUUGAGGCUAAUGUGACGUUAUGCCGAGUCAUUGAUGACAUAGCCACCUAUGAGGUUGAGAAGGGUAGAGGUCAGAUUGCAACUGGAAUUGAAUGUUACAUGAGAGAUUAUGGUGUAUCCACAGAAGAGGCCAUGGAAAAAUUCCAAGAAAUGGCUGAGACAGCAUGGAAGGAUGUAAAUGAAGGAAUCCUUCGACCAACUCCCGUCUCUACAGAGAUUCUCACUCGCAUUCUCAAUCUUGCUCGCAUUAUCGAUGUCACUUAUAAGCACAAUCAAGAUGGAUACACUCAUCCGGAAAAAGUACUAAAACCUCAUAUUAUUGCGUUGUUGGUGGACUCUAUUGAAAUUUAAAUCAUCGAUUGUUUUGUA